GAAAGGGUGUUUUUGGUGAUUCGCUGUGUCGUCGCAAUGUUGCCAACGCCAGACAUCAGUCAUUUGGCAUCUGCAGAUUAUCAGAAUGUUUAUGAACCUGCUGAAGAUUCCUUUGUGUUGUUGGAUGCGCUUGAAAAGGAGGCCGAGUACUUGAAAAAUCUCGGGCCUUCAGUGUGCCUGGAGGUGGGUCUAGGAUCAGGCAUCUGCGUCACAUUUCUGGGACAACUCUUGGGUAGCGGCUGUCUGUAUGUUGGCACAGAUAUUAAUCCUCAGGCUGCAAAAGUCAGUCAUCAGACAGCGCAGAGGAAUGGAGUGUCCCUGGAGCCAGUCAUCACUGACCUGGUGUCAGCAUUGUCUCCACGGUUACAUGGCUGUGUGGAUGUGAUGAUAUUUAACCCUCCCUAUGUCGUUACGCCAUCAGAAGAGGUGGGUGGGACAGGAAUAGAGGCAUCCUGGGCUGGUGGUAUCAAAGGGAGAGAAGUCACGGAUAGGCUCUUACCUGAUGUCAAUAAACUUCUCUCACCAGGAGGCGCUUUUUACCUGCUGAUCAUCAAGGAAAAUGACAAAGGUUGGUGUUCAGUGUACUACUAUCUGAAACUUCUCUCACCAGGAGGCGCUUUUUACCUGCUGAUCAUCAAGGAAAAUGACAAAGGUUGGUGUUCAGUGUGCUACUAUCUGAAACUUCUCUCACCAGGAGGCGCUUUUUACCUGCUGAUCAUCAAGGAAAAUGACAAAGAUGAUCUUGCUCGGGUUAUGAAAUCUUCUGGGUUUUCCACAACCGUUGUUCUGUCAAGAAGAUCUGGACCUGAAUUUCUGUCCGUGUUGAAAUUUGUGCGUCAUUCUAGUCCAAAAGCACCAGACGGCUGAGAGGAUAGGGAAGGACUUCUGGAUACAGAGACAGUCCUGCCAGUAUUGGAGUAAUGUUUCCAUAGCAACUGGUGAGUUAAAUGAGAGAUCACUUGAACAUCACGGACUUUCCAACUUGAUUCAUUCUGGCAUGAGGACGUGAACAUUCAAUGUAUCACCAAUCAUAGUUCACUCGUGGGACUGCUUCAGUGGCUGCCUGAAAGUUGGGAAGCCUGGGAUCAGACCAGGGUUGAGUCAGACUAAAGGAUUUAAAAAUGGAACUUGUUGCUGCCUGGCAUGGCGUUCAGUCCUGAGAGGUUA